GUGCCCCACUGCAGCUCGGAACUGACAAUUGCGCAGCCUGGAAUCGUCGUCGUGUGCGCCUGGGCUUGCCUCACCAGGCACCACCCCACUUCUUACCUCACCCCCCCAACGUGACGACAGGCUCGCUCCAUCUGCCUCAUCCACGACAUCCGCCAGCCUCGACGCAACGGCUUCCUCUGUCUCGCGACACGCCCGCCCGUCGCCUCGGAUACAUCGCGCGCGCGCCGCCAGACGCAGCUCCCCUCCUCGCCAUGGCAAACCAGACGCCCGCCGUUGUCAUGGACAACGGCACGGGUUUCUCCAAGCUCGGCUUCGCUGGAAAUGACUCCCCGUCCUUCGUCUUCCCGACUGCCAUCGCGACCAAGAGCGGCGCUGGCGGAGGCGGCGGCUCCGGCUCCGGCCGCCCCUCUGUCGCCAACAAGCCCUCCUUCCUCACCGGCGGCGCUGGGCCUAGCAGCAGCCAUCUGAGCUCCAAGCGCGGCACGGAGGACCUCGAUUUCUACAUUGGCGAUGCUGCCCUGAGCGCCGCAUCAGGACCUGGGUACGGCCUUCACUACCCUAUCCGUCACGGCCAAAUAGAGAACUGGGACCAUAUGGAACGGUUCUGGUCCAAUUCCAUCUUCAAGUACCUCCGCGUAGAACCGGAAGACCACUACUUCCUCCUGACCGAGCCGCCCCUGAACCCGCCCGAGAACCGCGAAAACACGGCCGAAAUCUUCUUCGAGUCUUUCAACUGCGCUGGCAUGUACAUUGCUGUCCAGGCUGUCCUCGCCCUCGCCGCAUCUUGGACUUCCUCCAAGGUUACGGACCGGUCUUUGACGGGCACGGUCAUCGACUCUGGUGACGGUGUCACUCACGUCAUUCCGGUCGCGGAGGGAUACGUCAUCGGUUCCUCGAUUAAGUCGAUCCCUAUCGCAGGCCGCGACAUCACGUACUUUGUGCAGUCUCUGCUGCGAGACCGCGGCGAGCCCGACUCGUCGCUGAAGACGGCGCAGGAGAUCAAGGAGGAGUACUGCUAUGUCUGCCCGGACAUCGUCAAGGAGUUCAGCAAGUACGACCGCGACCGCGAGCGCUUCGCCAAGCACGUCGUCACGCACCCUGGUGGUCGCCAAGUCACCGUCGAUGUCGGCUACGAGCGCUUUUUGGCCCCCGAGAUCUUCUUUAACCCCGAGAUCUACAGCUCCGACUUCCUGACGCCCCUCCCGACUGUUGUCGAUGGCGUCAUCCAGCAGUCCCCCAUCGAUGUGCGCCGCGGCCUAUACAAGAACAUUGUUCUCUCAGGCGGAAGCACGUUGUACAAGGACUUUGGUCGGCGGUUACAGCGUGAUAUCAAGCAGUUGGUGGACGCCCGCAUCAAGGCGAGUGAGGUCCGCAGCGGAGGAGCUCGCAGCGGCGGUCUUGAGGUCCAGGUCAUCACGCACAAGAGGCAACGGCACGGUCCAUGGUUCGGCGGCAGCCUGCUCGGCCAGACGCCCGAGUUCCGCUCAUACUGCCAUACCAAGGCCGAGUACCAAGAGUACGGCCCCAGUAUUGUGCGGAGGUUUGCUCUCCUGGGAGGGCCCGGCGGCUCGUAAAUGGUUGACAGAAAAAUAACGCUCCAAUCGAGCCACGCGGCAAUAUCGAAGGGCAGACGGCAGCAAGUGAGUGGCAGGUGAUGAGACCCUCUUUCGGCCCGGACGGUGUUGGCAUAAGAGUGCAAGGGUUGGUCAAGCGGGGACAGGGCCAGGGGCGCUUUGACAAAGUAGAGACGAAGAAUAGCCAAUGCAACUACAAUCAAGACUUGAAUAUCCGC